CCAGAUACAACUAUUUGUUUAUGACUCGAUGUUGCAAGUCAUCUCCCAUCUCUGCAUCCUACCGGUAGUUGUACAAAUUACCGAUCACGUUAGGGUCCAAAUUCUAACCCACCUGACGAAUCAUUCGUUGGAAUUCUUCAACCUAUAAUUUAGAUCCGAGUGGAAGCUUCAUAAGCGCUCUUCGGUUGGUAGAUUUGACAUUGAACAGUCGCCGAGUUUCCGAUGAUAUUAUUUCAGUUCUCGUAUUCCAGUUUGAUUGAUAAUAUUUGAAGAAGCAUUAGCAUGGAAAUAUUGAGCACCUUCAACAUACUCCUGGUAACUGGAGCUAUCCUCCUAUACAACUGGAUAAAGUACAAGCUGAGCUACUGGGAAAGAAGAGGUAUCCUCGUCUCCGAUUUAGGCAUAAUUGACACCGCCCUCAACAUAAUCCUGAGUAGGAAUUCCUUCGCAGAGAGGGGUAUGGGAUACUACCGCUACUUCAAAUCCAAAGGUGUCAAACAUGGCGGUAUCUACACCCUCCUCACUCCCUUCUACAUACCGGUGGACUUGAACAUCAUCAAAUGCAUAAUGCAGUCGGAUUUUCAGCACUUUGUCGACAGGGGAGUUUACAUGAACGAAAAGUCAGAUCCCCUGAGCGCUCACCUGUUCAGUUUGACUGGUAGCAAGUGGAAAGCGCUCAGGCACAAGCUAACUCCCACUUUCACCUCCGGUAAGAUGAAGAUGAUGUUUGAAACGCUCGUGGACUGCACCGAAGGCUUGCACAAGGUUAUGGACGAAACUGAAGGGAAAGAGUUGGACAUCAAAGAAGUCCUAGGCAGGUUCACUACGGAUAUAAUAGGAAGCUGCGCGUUUGGUAUAGAAUGCAAAAGUCUGGAAGACCCGAACAGCGUCUUCAGACAGAAAGGGAAGGAGUUCUUCGAGGGUAACUUCAUCAGAACCUUCAAAUCCUUCUUGACGUUCGCCGUUCCCGAGGUCGCAUCCGUCUUCAACCUCACCAUCAUCCCCAAAGACGUAAGCAGCUUCUUCAUGAACGUGGUCAGGGACACGGUCGAUUACAGGGAGAAGAACAACGUGACCAGGAAGGACUUCAUGCACCUCCUCAUCCAGUUGAAGAACAAGGGAAAGCUGGUGGACGAUGAGAACAUGGCGGCCGAGAAGUUGAACAAGGAGGACAACAAGAUCACGAUGAACGAGAUAGCCGCGCAAGCCUUCGUCUUCUUCCAGGCUGGAUUCGAAACAUCCUCAACCACCAUGACCUUCUGUCUGUACGAGUUGGCGAAGAACAAAGACGUGCAGGAGAAAUUGAGGAGGGAAAUAUUGGACGUAUUGAAGAAACACGACGGGAAGAUCACGUAUGAGGGUGUUAUGGAGAUGGCGUAUCUGGACCAAGCAAUAAACGAAACCCUGAGGAAGUAUCCACCUGUGCCAAAUUUGAACAGGGUCUGCACCAAGGAAUACAAGGUACCGGAUACGGAUCUGGUCUUGGAAAAAGGUAUAAAACUGAUGAUUCCCAUCAUCGGAAUUCAGCACGACCCUGAGUUCUACCCAGAACCGGAAAAGUUCGAUCCUGACAGAUUUUCCGAAGAGAAUAAGAAGACUAGGCCUUCUUUCACAUUUUUACCCUUCGGCGAAGGACCAAGAAUCUGCAUAGGUGCACGAUUCGGACUGAUGCAAACCAAGGUUGGUCUGAUAGCUCUCCUGUCAAAAUACGAAUUUUCGGUCAACAAAAGAACAAGGGAACCGCUGGAAUACGAUAAGAAAGUGUUCAUAAUGUCGGUGCUGGGAGGUAUAUGGUUGGAUUUCGAAGAAAUUGCAUGAAUAUUUCGUGACGUUUAUACAUAGUUGUGUUUGUGCACUUUUUUUUUAGUUCAUGUUCGUUUUUUAUAAGAUAAAUACAGUAGAGCGAACUUUGGGUUACAAGCAGCAGGACGCGGAGGUUAUCAGAAAACUUUUGAAUCCCUAGCGAACAUAUAAUUCAAAUUUUGAAUAUGGGCGAGACAUGCUGUGAUACCUAAAUUCAAAGAUCUCAUAGAGUAGAAUUCAACCCCAUAAGUUUCCGUGAAAAGUUUGAUGGAUAUAGAAAAGACAUUUCAAAUAACGGGAGAGGAACCAUCGGAAAGUCUACCAAAUAAAAUCAAGACACUCUUCUGAUAUAAUUAGAUUGAUUCAACUUGAUUUUCGCCUUAUUCUUUAAUUAAAUUUUCCUGAGAA